GAGAACAAGUUCUGUAAAAUUACACUUUCUGUCAAAGUCCACAUAGUCAAACACACAAGUGUCGUCGUGAAGGAUUCUUGGACAUUCACAUUAUUUAGCUUCAUCAUGACUGAACACCUGCUGUUAGUCGUCCUCAUGUGUUCCUUUACGGAGAUGAAAGCACAAGCUCUUCUUACACCUACACUGACAGUGAAUCCACCGGUGAUCUCAGACACAGACUCAGUCACUCUGCACUGUCAGACUCCAUCAUCUGUGUCUCAGUGUUAUUUCAAAACUAUGAGAACAAAACCGGGCAAAGUCUUCCCCUGUCUGAAGACACUGACAGGAACUGAGCUGCUGGAGAUGUCACAUCAGAGUUCACCUGCUGAGGUUGAGAUGACAUGUUUUUACACUGUAAAGCUUGGAGAGUCACAUUACCCAUCUCCACACAGUGACACAUCCUCCGUCACCAUACACAGUGAAACAUCCUCCGUCACCAUACACAGUGAUACAUCCUCCGUCACCAGACACAGUGACACAUCCUCCGUCACCAUACACAGUGACACAUCCUCCGUCACCAUACACACUCUAAAACCUGAGAUGAGUCUUCAGCAUUUUCCUGGUGAAUACGUUAUCAUGACCUGCACUCUGCCUGGAUCUGCUCAUGAAGAUACGAGAUGUAACCUUUACUUUGGAGAAGAAAGGGAUCCAUCUCUAACAACAACCAUCUGGAAGCAAAGGACCUCAAAGAAUCAGUGGUUCUGCCAGUUUACUGUCACAAUUUCUGAUUUGCUUCAUUUUCCUCAAAGAAGCGUCACCAGCUGUGAUUACAGUUUGGGAAGUGAACCAAACUCUUUGUCUCCUCGUAGUGAUGGAUACAGCUUGACUGGUCAGAAUGUUGGAUCCAGCAACACUGGUAGUUUUAUCUCUACUUCUAUCACACCAGUGAAACCAACAUCAGCAGAAACAUGGACAUGGAACUUGGUAGUAGUUGCAGCGUGUCUUGGAGGUGUCAUCUUACUGGGCCUAGCACUUCUCUUUACCAAAAGAAGAACUGAAAGAUGUUCUAGCAAAAGGACACAAGCUGAUGCCACUGAUGACUUAAUGUGCAUGAGAGAGCUUAACCAUGGAGGAUCGUUACCUGCCGGUAAUGAUGAAGCGUACAGUGUGAUUACCUCAGUACCUGCUGCUGACUGUCCUACUGGUUUGGAUAAAUCGAAAAUGCAAGAGUUUCAAAAUGAAGACUCUGACAUAUACCAUGUGUACUCCACCAUGUCUGAGGAGCCACCUCCAUCAGCCCUGAAGGACAUGGUGUACAGCACCCUGCAGGCACAUUGAAACAAAAACGUGUUAAUACUGUAUAGAGAAACAGAACGCAGACAGCCUUAAGAACUGUUUCAAAUGAUGUGUAAUUUUUAAACUUGUCCUUUAUAGUGUAACCUAUGAUCUAGGGAGGAAAAUUGAUGUAUCUGCCAUGAAUGAACAAAUUCUUAGCUGGAUGGCUUCUUAUCUGUCAGAGAGGGACCAGCAGGUUGGGUAGGGUGUUACUUCUCUGAGCCUUUGCCCGUCACUUGCGGAGUGCCACAAGGCAGUGUCCUGAGCCCCCUUCUGUUUUAACG